UAAAUAUCAACAAGUAUGGGGUGGUUCUCAAGUUCGAAAAAGGAAGAAAAGUCAGGCUUCAUGGACGACAUGUCCGAGGAGCAGGAACAAACACUAGAAGAGUUCAAGAAAAUCAUCGCUGAGGAGUCUCUCACCGAAGAUUCAAGAUAUGAUGACUACUACCUCCUCAGAUUCCUUAGAGCCAGGAAGUUUGAUAUUGAGAAAACAAUGGUGAUGUUCAAGAAGUUCCUUGAAUGGAGAGUUGAACAUAGAACAGAUGAAGCAAUGGUUAUCUACAAGUGCCCAAAUGUUGAAAAAGCCAGGGAGAUCUAUCCUCAUGGGUACCAUGGUACUGAUCUUGAAGGAAGACCGUUCUAUAUUGACCAGCCUUGUAAUUUCCAUAUCGAUGACCUUCUGAAGAUUGUGAGUAAAGAAGAACUCUAUGUAUAUUAUGUGAGGGAAUAUGAGAAGCUGAUUCAUGUAAGAUUUCCAGCUUGCUCAGCAGCUUCUGAGAAGAAGAUAGAGCAAUCAUUUUCUCUCCUGAAUCUUAAAGGAUUCUCGAUGGGAAAACUUAAAGAAAAGUCUAGGAACUUUAUUAAGCUUGCGAUAGAUAUUGGGUCAGAUAAUUAUCCUGAGAUCAUGUAUAAGAUGUUCAUCGUAAACACUUCUUUUGUAUUCAAAGGAGCUUGGGCUAUUAUUAGUCCAUUUUUAGAUGCAAAGACAAAGAAAAAGAUUUCAAUUCAUGGCUCUUCCUUUCAAAAAGAGCUUUUUAAAUAUGUAGACCCUUCAAAUGUCCCAGAAUCUCUAGGAGGUGAAUGCACAUGCUCACAUACUGAAGGAGGCUGUUACUUCUCAGAUGUUGGACCAUGGAAUGAAUACCCAGCUGACGAGUUUGGGGAGGCAGCAAAGCAAGCUAUUCUUGAAGAAGAAAAAAAUGAAAUAGCAGCUACAGAAGGUCUUGCUCCCCCACCUCCUCCCUCCAGUGGUAAUGUAGAAGAAGUCACUGAACAAAUGGCUAAUUUAGAAGUACAGCCAGCAGUUCCAACAGAGCUUGCUGCUCCCCCUCCUCCGAGCGAAUCAUAAUUGAUGAAUUAACCUGAUCUUGAUGUA